CAGAUAAAUGGGGCUGAUUAGAGUGGCACUAAGGGAGAAAGUAACAGCCUCGGAGUUCACAGCGUUCACGGUGGCAUGUUUUCAUAUGCGCCAUAUACUAUAUGUGCUCGGCCGCAUACAGGCGGAGUCGUUUCACCCCCGCACCGAGCGCACAGGGGCGCCACACCACCGCCUUUGCGUCAACCCUUGCUCACACAAACACGCCACACAUCAGCCCGUCGCAGCAUCUCUCUCGGCCAGGAGGACCAGGAGCACAUCUUCAUCUGAGCAUCCAUUGCACAACUGCCUCCCAUCGUCUGCACACCGAAGACACCGGGCGUGUUCAUCCAACGCUUGCUUCUUCUUUUUUAUAGGGUGCCUCGUCUUGGAUUUUUUUUUUCAUUGUUUCAUUUCUUUUUUUCAGAUGGUUAUGUGUUUUAAUCGCAACCUGUAAGGAAAACAAACUAAAACAUACCACGAAGCAUCGUCGGCACAGCGCGAUUAUAAUCUCAUUGAGCAGGAUAACUGCAGCGGGCAUUGGAAGCCGCAGACAGAGGGCUGAAAUCCAGCAGAGGCAGUUUUGAGUCGAGGUGAUCGCUAUCCCCUCAGAGAGGAACCUUUUCCGCCCAGGCCCUGCAGCGGCAGCCUGUAGCCCGGGACUCGCUGCUCCCUGAAGCAUUAAGAGGCUUUCCCCCUGGCAGACCCUCUUCUGACCCAGUGCGGCUGAAGCCCCUGGACGCAUACCCUCAGUCACCAUGGGAACCGUGCUGUCUUUGUCGCCCAGCUACCGAAAGGCGGCCCUCUUUGAGGAUGGGCCGGCCACCGUGGGCCACUACACGGCCGUCCAGAACAGCAAGAACGCCAAAGACAAGAACCUGAAGCGCCACUCGCUCAUCAACGUGCUCCCGUGGAAGCGAAUCGUAGCCGUGUCGGCCAAGAAGAAGGGCUCCAAGAAGGUGCAGCCCAACGGCAACUACCAGAACAAUGUCACCCAGCUGAACAACGAAAACCUGAAGAAGUCGCAGUCGUGCGCCAACCUGUCCACCUUCGCCCAGGAUCAGAGCACCCCGGCUCUCACCAAGGCCUCCAACAACGCCGUGUCGUCCGUCAAGAAGGCCCCGCUGACCAACUCCAACGCAGUCCCCGGGACCCCCAAAAGGGUGAUCGUCCAGGCCUCCACCAGCGAGCUGCUGCGCUGUCUCGGGGAGUUUCUGUGCCGGCGCUGUUACAGGCUGAAGCACCUUUCCCCCACCGACCCGGUGCUGUGGCUGCGCAGCGUGGACCGUUCCCUGCUGCUCCAGGGGUGGCAGGACCAGGGGUUCAUCACCCCCGCAAACGUGGUCUUUGUCUACAUGCUCUGCCGGGACGUGGUCUCCUCCGAGGUGGCCACGGAGCACGAGCUGCAGGCCGUGCUGCUCACCUGCCUCUACCUGUCUUACUCCUACAUGGGCAACGAGAUCUCCUACCCUCUCAAGCCCUUCCUGGUGGAGAGCUCCAAGGAGACCUUCUGGGACCGCUGCCUUUCCAUCAUCAACCUGAUGAGCGCCAAGAUGCUCCAGAUCAACUCUGACCCGCACUACUUCACUCAGGUGUUUGCCGACCUGAAGAACGAGAGCCAGAAGGAGGAGGAGAGGAGCCGCCUGCUCAUUGGCCUGGACCGGUGAGGGGGCGCAGGGAGGAGAGGGGGGGUGGGGGCAGACGGGUCAGGGGAGGCGGGGCCUACUCCAGUCUGGCAUUUUGACAAGUCUGAAGGAUUAUCUGGGAUGCUAUUGGUUAAUUAUAUGACAAAUAUUUAAUAUUUAUAACAACUAAACAUCGAGGGGGAAGGAAUCUUAAGGGGGGGGCUCUGUGAUUUUCACAGGUUGACAAUGUUGGGGAGAUAACAAAUGUAAUCAUCACCUAAAUACAGGGCCGUAGGGUUUAAAAAGCAAAAGCACUCUCGAGCCUCUUGAAGCUAUUAUUACUAUCGAGGCCAAAUUCUAUUUUCCAACUAGCAAAGGAGGUGUUUUCUGUGAACCCCCGAGAGUGAAAUUAAACAAUUAUAUAUAUUUAAAUAAAAUGCCAGACUUGGGUAAAUCCUUUGCUAACGGAAAGAUGACAAACAGAAAACGUUUUUAAGAAAAACACACAAAAAGACAACAAUUCAGGCGGAAAGACAGAGAUUAGCAGAGGAAGCAUCUACGGCGUUGAAUGUGGAGAGGAUCCCCACCGGUGACCUUCUGACUGCCUGACCACGCCAUGUGCACUGCCUAUGCUGCAGGAGGGUGACGGCUAUCGCCUGACUAGCUUUCUUCAUACAUCACAGGCGCCCCCCCCCCCCCCCCCUAUCCCACGCCACCACCAUCACCCCCCCCCCAGCUGCAAACUCUGGCUCUUCGGGAAAUGCCACCUCCCCUCCAUUUUUGUUUCCGUUGCAGCGAUGCAUAUCUGAAAGAGCAGCAGGGGGGGGGGGG